AGCAGCGAUGGUUCAGCACGUGAUGAGGAUUUUCUUUCUCUGUACGAUGGGUUUGUUGUUGGAGAUGCUGAACUGUUUGGAAGCAGAACCUGGAGAGAACAUCACCAUGUGGUGCCAACAUGAGCUGAGAAGUUCAGGUUACAUCUACUGGUAUAAACACACCAGUUCUUCAGCACCACGUUUUCUUAAGUGCAAGUAUUUUACAUCAUCUGGUUCAUCAGCAGAAUGUUACAAUCCUAAUGAAAAUAAUGGAAUGGUGAUGAGUGUAGAGAACAGAAAUACGUCUCUCACAAUAACUGCAGUAGAUCUUUUAGAUUCAGCUCAUUAUUACUGUGGAUACAAGAGAACAGAUGGACAGGAAGUGACCUUCAGCAAAUCCACCUAUCUACAUGUGAGAGAGAGAAAUGAAAGUAUUUCUGAACCUUCAGACAGAGCAGAAGAGAGAAAUGAAAGUCUUUCUGAACCCUCUCACAGAUCAGCAGGUUUUAUAUCUGCUGGUAAUUUCUUUAUGCUGGUUGGGGGUUUUGGUGCAGUGGUUCUGAUUCUUCUUAUAAUUCUCAUUAUCUUCCUUAUCUACAUAAUAAUGAUGCACAGAAAAACAGAUCUCAACACUGAAGCACAAGCAAACAAGGAUGAAAAUCAUGACUUGGUGAUUUAUGCUGCUCUGCACUUCUACAACAAGAACAUGGUGGAUCCCCAUGAUGUUUAUUCCAGUGCUUUAUAUCAGAAAUUAUUAUAGUGACGUUGGAGUGAGAUGUUUAGUUAUGAAACAUUAUUAAUAAAGAGCAGCAAGUUUAUCAUAAAUGAUCAGGAGUUGGAUGAUGAGAUAUUAGAAAUUACAUUGUGCUAAUAAUCCACCACAUUUUGAAAACUGGAUCAUUGUUUCCACUCCCUUUUUUCCUUUCUGUCCCUCUUUAAUGCA